CGCUAUGCGCCCCGGACGCGCCGCGCCAGCGCCCCGGACACCGCCCGGACACCCGGACGCGCCAAGUGUGAACUAACCUUUACAACAAUAGGUACAGUGCGUGCAGUGUAGUUGCUAAAGUGAAAUAAAUAACAUGAAAGUUUCAAGUUGAAAGUUUGCGGAAACUUUUCCCGCCAUUUGGUUUUCCCAAAGUUUUAGUUUUUUUUUGUGCUUUUUAUUUUUUUAAACGACAAAAAGUGAAGAUGGUUAUUAACUAAUGUUCUUACUGCCUUGGGUUUUUUAGAGUCAGUGGUAAUUAAAAACUUGAUCUGCGGUGUCCGUGUUAUAAAAACAAGUUGAUUUGGUAGAAACAUUCCCGAGGACGCCACCACAAUGACGCUGGCAACCCUGAACGUCAUACAGGACGACCUGGCGCUGCUGCUGGGGAACCUCACGAACGUCACAGUCCGGGCCUCGGCGUACAGUGAGCCGGAGUCGCUGGACAUCCUCGUGUCCAUGACCGUGGUGUACGCCGUCAUCUUCGUGUCCGGCCUGCUCGGCAACGCCAGCACGUGCGUGGUCAUCGCGCGCAACCGCUCCAUGCACACCGCCACAAAUUUUUACCUCUUCAGCCUCGCCGUCUCGGACCUACUGCUGCUCAUAUGUGGCUUGCCGUUGGAGCUGCAUAGGCUAUGGAACCCAGUGACGUUCCCGUUUGGAGAGAUCGCGUGCAUCGGACUCGGUUUAGCGUCGGAGACGUCGACGAACGCGACUGUUCUGACCAUAACCGCGUUCACGGUCGAGCGGUACAUCGCGAUCUGCCACCCGUUCAUGUCGCACACCAUGUCGAAGCUAUCCCGCGCGGUGCGCUUCAUAAUCGGCAUCUGGAUCUUUGCCAUCUGCAUGGCGUUUCCUCAAGCGAUGCAGUUCGGUAUAGUGGCGCUGCCGGGGCACGACGAGAGCGCGUGCACCGUGAAGGGGCACGGCGUGCACCAAGUGUUCGUGAUCUCGAGCUUCGUGUUCUUCGUGGUGCCGAUGUCGGUGAUCUCGGUGCUGUACGCGCAGAUCGGGCUGAAGCUGCGGCACUCGUCGGUCCUGCACCCGGUGAAGAAGCUGUCGGUGGAGAGCGGGCGCGGCGCGCGCAGCUACCGGAGCGGCGCGUCCCAGCGGCGCGUCAUCAGGAUGCUGGUGGCGGUGGCCCUGUCUUUCUUCGUGUGCUGGGCGCCGUUCCACGUUCAGCGGCUGCUCGCCAUCUACGGCAAGAACCUCGACCACCCCAGCGACACCUUCGUACUGGUGUACGUGGUGCUGAACUACAUCUCGGGGAUCCUGUACUUCCUGUCCACGGCCAUCAACCCCAUCCUCUACAACAUCAUGUCCAACAAGUUCCGGGAGGCUUUCAAGACAACGCUAGCAGCGUGGUUCGGGCGGCGGCGCGGCGGCGUGCGCAUGGCGAGGACCUACAGCGCGCUGCUGGCCUCCCGCCGCGAGCGCGCCGCGACCCUGGACCCCGGCGGCCGCGCCCGCAGGCUCUGCCGUCUGUCCACCGCGUCCACGCAGCUCGACGCGCCCCCCAGGGCUCAGCGUUUCAACGGGCGUGACCUGCUGACCCUGAGCGAGUCGUCGUCCUGCGGGCGCUGGAGCCUCGCCUGGCGGCUCAAGGUGUCCCUCGAGGCUCACGCAGGGUCCACCUCCCCGGAGUCUCUCCGCAGCAUCAGCAACUCCAGCCUGCGGGAGUUCGAGGAGGAGCUCACCGGCGAGGAACUCACCACCUUCAUGUACCAGGUCAACUGCGAUAUUGGCGGCCUGACCUGAGACGCGAUGGCACCGCGCAGCCAAUGGCAGGACACGUCCGUUUGAGCUGGCGCCUCGUGAUUGGCUGGUUUGUUUGGUUUUGUUUUGUCGUCGACAGCGGCGAAUGGGCGAGUGUUUAAGCGAUCCUAAGUUGACGUAGUAGAAUUGUUUGGUGAUUGGCUGGUUUUGUUUCGUACGCUCCGUCGUCGACAGCGGCGAAUGGGUGAGUGUUUCAGCGAUCCUAAGUUGAUGUAGUAGAAUUGUUUGCGUUUGCUUUUGAAGGGAAAAUGUUGUGAGGAAAUUAGUUUUUCAAGCCCGUCCUUUUUGUGUGGAGGCUAUUAAGUACAGAGGAGAAAUGUCCUGACAAAAAGUAGAUAACAACACGAAUUUCGAGAUAAAAUAUUCUUUAACUUUCAUAUUCAAUCUGUCCGUGAACGUAAUUAUAUAUCGAAAAAGUAUUGUAUAAAAAGUUUGUGCCAAAAUUGAUUUCAGGAUUGUUUUGUAGAUGAAGAGACGUGCGCGUUUAAGACAAUAUUAUUUAUAUUAAGCUUAUGUGUGUCCAUUCCAGUAUAACUUGUAUGGAAUAGUUACUGUUAGUAUUAGCGGAUUUGUUAUAAGAUUUAAGUAAGCAAUUAGGUAAGUGCUGUAUAUAAAUUAUGAAAGUCAAAAGUAUUAAUAAUAUUAUACUUAAUGUAAGUAAGAAUGUUAUUCCUUGAACAAAAUUUUAUAUUCGGCUAAAAAAAUAUGGACCAGCCCCUGAAUUAUAUAUGUAUUAUACUAUAAUAUAAAUAAUUAUAUGGUCCUAUUUCAAAAAACUCAUUGUGUAUUUGACUAAACAUCUGUUGAACAUGGUAUUUUGUGGUAUAGUAUAGCCGUCAAUUUUGUGCCGUCUUAAUUUAAUUAUUUUCAUACAACAACAUAAGUAAAUUAGUAAUUUAUUAUUAUAUAUCUUUGAUAUGACACAAUAUUCAUUCUGUUUUAUAUAUUUGUAACAAAAUCAAAGACCAACAGUAACUGUUACAUUCGAAUAGUAAAAUAUACAUUCGAACAGAAAAAUCUUAUUAGGUAUACCUACUUAGUCAAAUAAUUGAAAAACUUACUUUUUAUUUAAAAAGCAAACUUAAGUAAAUCCGUAAAAAUAUCAUUUUUUCAUUCGUUUUUGUAAAAAAUUACUUAACUUAGUCUUAUUUAGUAUUAUUUUUAUGAUAAAUGCUGAUUGUCGUCAUAGACAAUUUUACUGUGUAUUUUUGUUAAAAUUAAAACGAUUAUCUUUGUAAAUAAUGAAAGAUUAUAAAUAUAAUUUAUAUUAA